GACGCCGGCUGGUCUUGGACCACGUGACCAUAGUGAGUGUUGUGAAAGUACGCUUGGCAAAGUUUGCUGAGCGUCUGCUGAUGGAAACACGGCUCACAGCUCCACAGAAACACACAACAACACAUCCAGCUGUCCUGUCACUGGAGUCCGUCUUCCUCCUCGUCAUGGAGCAACAAUGUCCUGAGUUUACGGUGGUGUUUCGAAAUGUGGGGCAGCUCUAUUUCCCCCAAACCAGGGUGGAGUGUCAUUACAGUGUGACCUCGGCCCAUCAGUGGAGCAACAGGGACUGGAUUGGCAUCUUUAAGGUCGGCUGGUCCUCACUUGGAGAGUAUCACACCUACUCUUGGUCGCUCAUUCCCGAAGGCUACACUGAAGGAACCACAGUGGACUGCUGUGCACCUUUUCAAGCCUUUUACUUGCCCCGCCCCAGCACAGAGGAGUACCAGUUUGUGUAUGUGGACAAGACGGGGGGAGUAUGCGCCCAAAGCAGAUCAUUCACAUUCUGCUCCCCCAAGCCUCUGGAGGAGCUGGAGACCCUGAAAGAGGAGUGUGAUGAGGAAGAUGGAGAUGAGGAGGAGCUGCUCCUGGUGGUCCCCAAAGCUCAGCUGCUGCAGAGUCAGCUGGAGGAGAGCCGCAGGAAAAAGGCGGAGUUGCAGCAGGCGGUGGAGGAGUCCAAACGGGAGAUGGAGGAGGAGCGGAGCAGCAGCAGAAAAGCAAAAGAGAAAUGGGAGAGGGAGCGGGAAGCCAUGAAGGAGCAGAUUAGCAAGCUCUGUGAAAACCUGAAUCUUAAGUGUGACACAUUGAAGAUGGUAGAAGGAAAGCAUCUGGAUGUUACAAGCAGUCAGCAGAACCUCAACAAUGAACUGAGUCAACUUUUGGAGGAAAAAGCGCAAAGUCAGCAGCGAAUCAAAGACUUGGAGGAAGACAUCAAGGCUUUAGCAGGCCGAGAGGUGGAGAGAAACACAGAGAUGGAAAGGCUGAAAGAGAUAUUGAAGAAAACAUGCAAUCAAAUCAAGCUUGAUGAGGAAAAGAAAAAGUUGCUGAAGGCGGAGCACGAAGCCGUGCUGGCGGAGGUCCGUGGCUUGCAUCUUCGCCUGGAGUUGGGCGAGCGUUUAGCAGACAGCCUGCGCAGGGAGCUGAGGGAACUGGGCACCAGUCAAGGCCACUCUCACGCCGAGCUGCAUCAGGCCCGCCUGCAGGUGGCACAGCUGGGCCUGCAGCUGUCUGAGGAGAAGCUGCUCCUCAGGGAGGAGCGCAGCAACUGGGCCCUGGAGAGAGAAGCUUCCAGACAGGUGGCAGAGGCUGAUCAAAAGAAAAUAGAGGAGCUGAGCAGUGAGCUGAGCAGGAAGGAGGAACAACUGAGGGAAGAGAGGAUGAAGAUGAACAAGCAGGAAGCAGAGAUUGGGAUGAGAGCCAGUGAUGCUGAUGGAGUGAGUCGAAUGCUCAUCUACGUGCACGCCAUCCAGGAGACGCCCAGGAUCACGGUGAGAAGAAACUGAUGCUUGCGGGACUUGUGGACCCCGUGGUCAGUGAAUUGAUGAGCUUCCCCAUGUGGUAGCACACAGAACUGCCAGUUCUACCCGUCAGGUUGAGUGUGUGAGGUUUUCUUUUGUGUGUGUGAGUUGCCUAAUUACCAGACGGCCUUAGGUGAAAUACAUUUAAAUGUUGAUCUUUUUACAGGCAUCAGUGAUGUGGCACUGAAUGCCUGUUGACAUGAAAUGAGCGCUUUGUGGAGAAAAUGAUGCUGCUUUUGACUUCAUGGAACAUUUGCGUGUGUUAGAAAACAUUCAAAUGUACUCCCAGUCAAGAUGAAGUGUGUGACUUGAAGGUUUGCACGGAUCUUAAAUAUAGUUGUAGCUAUUGCUAUGUUUAUUUAUGGAUCAUAUUUCCAACAUUAUGCAUGAUUGUUAUUGGUUUAUCAUGCUUAUGUACAUUGAUUCGUGACAGUCAUGAAAUAAGACACAAUGCCGGUCUCUUAGUUAAAAUGUUUUGAAGCAGUUUUAAGAGAAACCACUUGGCGUUUUGGCAAAGAGAAGUAUUCAGAUUUAACAUUGUACACAACUUGAGAUUUAUGGGGUAUUUUAUUCAAAUAAAAGUACUAUAGCGCCCCCACCGGGCUCUAGUAUAAUUUAAUAAUCCCCUUUAAGUUACUUACAAGUUUGUUUUUGGUGUGUAUGCUUAUUUAGCUCAAAUGUGAUAAAAUGAUAAAUAAAAACAACGGCACACAGAAAGGUGUGAAAACAACAAAGCGCCUUUUUAUCAAAAUACAUCAUCAAAAAAACAAAUAAAGAGGCAAACUACAUAGACAUAUUUUUAAUAGGAGCAUAAAGAGAACAACUCAUGAGAUGUUCACAUAUCUUAACAUGAAGGAUGGCAGAGGCUGGUGGUUAUGAGGCACAUCAGAAAUAAAAAGAGCUCAUUCAAAAGUCAUUUUUGUGUCAUUAAAUAUUCUCUAUUGCAUAACAACACAAAUGUUCCAUAAGUUGUUUUGUAUUGUCUGAAUAGUCCACUUUUGUUUGCAUGUUAUUGCUGUACUCCAUUUGAAUUCAUGCAUCUUCUGCUGUAUUGAAAGAUCCCAGGAUUGAAUUGAAUUAACAGUGCAAACGUCUGAUGGACAAAUCCGUACAUCUUUGAUGCACAAAUAUGUGAUACUCAAAUGACCUUUUUUGUGUCCUUGAGUCUUUCAUCCUUACAUUCCGAGAUGGUGUGCUACAUUCAGACCUGUGCGUGUGAGCUUCUUAUGCUUUUAUUUCAUCCCUGAUGUCCACAAACGAUGCUUUUCUUACAGCGAAUGGGACAAUUAAGAAGCGUUUAUACAGGGUGUCCAUAUCACAAAUGAAUAUUUGGCAUGAGACAAUUUA